AUGAGAAACUAUGCAACAAUCUUGAAAGUCGGCAGGGAUGGGAUCACUGUAACUCACGUUGCAGUGGACGAUUGGUUCUGGAGAUGGAUUAUGAAGAUCCUCUGCACCAGGGGUCCCUUCGUGUGCGAACACUUCUCUGCUCUGCACCGAAGUCAUUUCGAAGAAGUGAUUGUCGGUGUCGAUGCUGAAUACUUUGAGGCCCUAUGGUUUGAUGAUGAAGAGACUGUCAAAGAAAUCGAGUGUAUGAGCAAUAGCCAGGGCUGGGGACCUGAUGCUAUGUGCUUGACCGUUGAGAAUUCCUCGUCGACCCAGACCCAUUGCACUGUUGACCAUCAUCUACCAAAUAAUCGUCGUGGAAAGCUCAAGCGAAUCACAUGUACCUGUAUAAUGCGAAUUUACACACCAUACAAUCUUCAUGAUUGUCCCUAUGUUGCAAUCACAUUUCAGGGCUCUCACACGCACCCGAUCCCCCUUGCUCGCACUGUUCCUGCACAAUUGCGGGAUCUAAUCACCAGCCUGGUGAAGGGGAUGGGUGCAGAUCUUGCAGAUGCAACGCCCAGGCCAUUUUCCCGUUACCCAUCUGUCCAAUAUGCACUCAAGUCAUUCUUCCCAGACCUUCCCCACCCUACUUUAAUGGAUCUCCACCCUUCUUUGGGAAACUAUGAGCACUUGCGGAUUUUUACAAAGGUACAGAAACGAAAAGAAUUCCCCUUUGGAACUGACUGGGAGGGGGCUGUCCACUUUCAGCGCCAGGAAGCAAACUUCCCUCCUGAAAAUCGGUAUGUCCGCCGUAUCAAAGAAGCCAUGGCAGAUCCAACAGACAAAGAUCAGCAGCACUACCGCAUUAUUGUCUGUAUGACACACUAUAUGAGUGAUCUGUUGGCCAAUUGCAUGUAUAUCCAAAGUGAUAUUGCGUUCAAGUGGGUGAAGGAUUGGUAUGAGUUUGAAAUUGCAGCAUGGCACCGUGAACUUCGACGAAGUGUCAUUGUGUGCCGUGCUUUCCUGAAUCGUCACUACCUCCUCUUCCGCCUCAUUGACGAAAUAGUUCAGGAGGACACUGGACAGUUCCUAAAAUGGCGCCAUUUGGACUCUCCCUCAAUCAAGGAGCCCCUUGGCAUUUUCCAUUGGCAAAGGGGUGUCAAGGAAUUUGAUGCUUUGACUAAGCGUCAUAUGCUCUCACUGAUGUCUCCUCAUGAUAGACACUACAGUGAAGCAUUCCAAGCAAUUCAGGCAGGAGGGAAAAAAGCAAAAGGUGAUUGGUUGGAGGAUAAAAUCCGGCGACAAUUUGUCUUUCCUGCCAUAUGCAAAACUAAGAACUUCAUUCCAGACACAGUUUGGGAGGCAGGUGACAGGAAUGACAACGUGAGCGAAGGACUUCACCAUCAAAUCAAUCAGACAGGGACAUCACGGACAUUACUUGGAGGAAUCCAGUCUGGGUACAUGUUCGAUCAAACUCGCAAGCAACUUCAAGUAGCUUUUGGCAUUAGACCUUCAUAUGGGGUUCAAGGAGAUUCAGAACGGCUGGUGAAGAGUAUGAGUCGUAAACAUUCGAAGAAGCUCCGAGGCCAGCGAGCACGACGACAAAGGGCCCAUGUGAAAUUAGCCACAUGCACGCGACGCAUGACCCGCGUUCUCGUACAUACAAAGGGAAAGCACGAAAGUUACUAG